AUGGCGAGAAUCCUUGGAGGAAAGUAUAAAAUCGGUGAAAAAAUUGGGAGCGGAUCAUUUGGUGAAAUUUACAUUGGAUCACAUAUAGAUACUUCUGAAAUCGUAGCCAUCAAAAUGGAGAGCAAGAAAACCAAUCAACCACAGCUAUUGUACGAGUGCAAUUUAUAUAGUAUUCUUCAAGGAGGAAGUGGAAUUCCAAGAAUGAAAUGGUGUGGCACUGAAGCGGACAAUAAUGUUCUUGUUAUCGAACUUCUGGGACCAAGUCUUGAAGAUCUCUUUUACUUCUGUGGCAAUAAAUUAUCUCUCAAAACAGUUUUGAUGUUGGCUGAUCAGAUGCUUACACGGAUAGAAUAUAUACAUUCCAAAGGAUUUUUGCAUAGAGACAUCAAACCCGAUAACUUCCUUAUGGGUCUCGGAAAGAAAGCAAAUCAGAUUUACAUGAUUGACUUUGGACUAGCAAAAAGAUACAGGGAUCCCAUCACAAAUAAGCAUAUCCCUUACAGAGAAAACAAAGGUUUAACAGGGACUGCCCGUUAUGCAAGUUGCAAUACUCACUCAGGAAUUGAGCAAAGUCGUCGAGAUGAUUUGGAGUCUCUUGGCUAUGUUUUAAUGUACUUUUUAAGAGGAAGUCUUCCAUGGCAAGGUUUGCAAGCUGCCACCAAAAGACAAAAGUAUGAUCAAAUUUGCAAAAAGAAGUUAUCAACGCCCAUUGAG